GAUGCCUGGGGGUCCCGGAGGCCUUCAAGCCCUGCCCGCUGCCGCCUGUGUCCUCCUCUGGCUGUCUGAAGCCUGUCUGGGCCCUGGGUGCCAGGCCCUGUCCGUGCACAGCGGCCCACCGUCGUUGACAGUGAGACCCGGGGUUGAGGUCCGCCUCAACUGUACCCACGAUGCCAGCAACCCGAACGUCACGUGGUGGCUCGUCAUCCCGGGGAAGCACGCUUGGCCUCCCACGUUACUGGGCAACGGCCUGGGCAGAAGGGGCGAGUGGGUCAUCUCCAACGUGAACAUGAGCCAUGGAGGCAUGUAUCAAUGCCAAGUGCAAGAAGGAAAAAAUGUAAUGCGCUCCUGCGGCACCUAUCUGCGCGUGCGGGAGCCACCCCCCAGACCCUUCCUGGACAUGGGGGAGGGCACCAAGAACCGCAUCAUCACAGCUGAGGGGAUCAUCCUGCUCUUCUGUGCGGUGGUGCCUGGGACACUGCUGCUGUUCAGGAAGCGCUGGCAGCAUGAGAAGUUUGGGGUGGACAUGCGCGAUGAUUAUGAAGAUGAAAAUCUUUAUGAGGGUCUGAACCUGGACGACUGCUCCAUGUAUGAAGACAUCUCCCGGGGACUCCAGGGCACCUACCAGGAUGUGGGCAGCCUCCACGUUGGGGAUGUCCAGUUGGAGAAGCCAUGACGUACCCCAAACCACCCACUGCUGCUUCCCCUGCUGUG